AUGACACGUGGCCUACACCUAUUGUCGUUGCUGCUAGCAGCGGCGUGCCUUGUAGCGCUAUCCACAGCUAACAAGGACUACUACGAGGUUCUAGGAAUUUCCCGAGACGCUUCGACAGCCGAAACUAAGCGAGCUUUUCGCAAACUUUCGCUCAAACACCACCCCGAUAAAAACCCAGGAGACGAGAAUGCAGCGAAAAAAUUUGCGGAAGUUGCCAGCGCGUAUGAUGUGCUUUCCGAUGAAGAGAAGAAGGCAAAAUAUGAUCGAUACGGUGAAGAAGGCUUGAAUAGCGCUGGUGGAGGCGGCGGUCAUGAUCCAUUUGACAUUUUCUCUCAGUUUUUUGGCGGAGGCGGCCGCAAUCGUCGCGAACGAGAGCCAUCACGCGGUCCAGAUAUAGUGAUGCCAUUGAGAGUAUCCUUAGCCGAUCUCUACAAUGGCAAGAGUCUCCAAUUUUCGAUUCGUCGUGAGACCGUGUGCCAUCAUUGUCAUGGAAAAGGUGCGGCUCAUGAAGACGAUGUUCACGUUUGCAACGAAUGUCAUGGUCAUGGCGUGAAAAUGACGACACGUCGCGUGGGUCCGGGAUUUAUUCAGCAGUUUCAAACAACUUGCGAAAAGUGCCACGGAAAGGGAAAAAUUUACACGAGCACGUGUCCCGUGUGUGGUGGUCGGAAGGUCGAGAUGACCGACCUCAACUUUGAUGUGGACUUGGAAAAAGGCACGCCCGAUGGCUUCGAAAUCGAAUUGGAAAAUUAUGCUGAUGAAAUCGAAGGACAACCAGCUGGGCAUUUACGUCUGCAAGUCGUGACAGCAGCUCACCCAGUAUUCACUCGUGAUGGUGACGAUUUGUGGAUGGAUUUCUACAUUUCAUUACGUGAGUCGCUUGUGGGAUUUAAAAAGACUUUUGUGCACUUGGAUGGACGUUUAGUGGAAGUGUCGCGCGACGACAUUACGCCACCUCGAUUGGUCACUAAUAUGCAGAAUGAAGGUAUGCCGAAACAGCAUUCGUCAUCCGAAAGGGGGCAGCUGUACAUCAAGUAUCACAUAGUAUUUCCAGAUUCGCUCUCGGAUGAGCAGAAGGAAGGCUUUCGUGAGUUUUUUUCUAAAAAGUAA